AUGAGUGGAGAACAAAACAAGGCUAAUGAUGAAGUAGAGAAUACAACAACAACAAUAAUAACAUCAUCAUCAUCAUCGGAUCAUAACAAGCAACAACAACAACAAUAUGAAGAAAUAACAUGCAUUGAUAAAAUUAUAGAAACAUUUCAAGAUAAAUGUAAACAAUUUAAACAACAUGUAUUAAAUUUGAAUAUAGCAAAACAAUCAUCAGAGGAAACUAAAUCAAUAUUUAUGGAAGGUUAUCAUAAAUUAUUAGAACUUCAAUCACUUCAAAUACAAAUUAAUAUAUUUCAAAAAAGAAUGAAUGAUUUAAGAAUUGAAAGAAAGAAGGAAAUGGAACUUCCACUUUUAGAAUGUAAUAAUUUAUCAUGUGAAGCUUCUUAUUUUCAAAGAGAUAUUUCAAUUUGUAAAAAUUAUUAUUCAAGACAUGUUGAAAUUGAUUUACCUUCUGAAGAUGAUGAAUUUAAAAAUAGAGAUAAAUCAUCUACUAUUUUAUUAGAAAUUGAAAAAUUAAAACAAUCAUCAUUGAAUGGAAUAGAUUCUGAAUUAUUAUUAAAAAAACAACAUGAAUUAAUGAUGAAAAGAUUAACAUUUGAACUUGAUGAAAGAGAAAAAUUAGAAAAGGAAAUUCUUGAAAUUAAACAAGAACAAGAAAAGGCAAAACAAGAACAAGUUAAUAUUGAAAAAUAUAUUAAUAAUAUUCCAAAGAAUUUAGCUGCAAUGAAAAAGACAAUUCAACAAUUUGAACCUGUUAUUAAUCCAUCAAAACAUCAACAUACUGAUUGGUUUACAAAUGAAGAACUUGAAUUAAUGAAUCAAUUACCAACUCCUCUAUUUAUUUUAUAUAACAAAUUAAUGGAAUAUAAGAAAGUUUAUGAUGAUUCAAUUUUAAUAUCUAUAGUAGGUGAUUCUGAAAGAGCUAAAACUAUUUGGAAUGAUUCUGAUUUAGAUGAAUCAUCUUUUAAUACUGUUAAUAGUAAUGGUAAUAAUAAUAGCAGUGGUGGAAGUGGUACUGGUAAUAGUGGUACUAGUAAUAGUGGAAGUGGUGCUGGUGCUGGUAUAACACCAUCAUAUAUUGAUGAAUUAACAGGUGAACCAAAGAGAAAAAAGUUAAAACAAGUUGAUAAUAAUAGUGAAAUGUGUAGCAUGUUUCCACUUGUUAUUCAAUUAAGAGUUCAACUUAAAUUCUUUGAAAAAAAUAAGAAAUUAUUAAUUGAAUUUGGAUAUCUUCAUAAAGCAAAUAUGGUAGUUGUAAAUGAAGCAAGAACAGCAGCACUUGUUUUACCAACAUUAAUACAGGGAGAUGAUGGCAGUAUUUCACCAAAUGUUCAAUGUAUGUCAGAUUAUGAUUUUUCAACAUUUGAAAGAGGAAGACCAUAUCGUUGGUUACAACAAAUAUGUGGAUUAGAAUUUAUAAGUGCAAGAAUAUCAAGUAAUAUUUCAUCUAAAGAAAAUAGACCAGAAGAAUCUAAAAAUUAUUCAUUAAGUUAUAUUCUAAAUUUAUUUAAAUACAAACAAAAAGCUAAAAGAUAUUUGUUAAAUCAAUUAAAAUCAUUGGAAUUGAAUGAACCUUUAAAGAAUGAAUUUCCAUCAUGCCUUUCAUUUGUACCUAAAUUAGAAUCAUUUAAACAAACUAAUGUUACAUAUACUUCAAUUACAUUUUUAAUUACAGUUAGAAUUGACAAGUAUUUAUUUGAAAGUGAAUUAUUGGUAAAUGUUGUGGAUUAUCCUUUAAAAUCUCCACAAUUUAAAAAAUUAACUCAAAUUCAACCAACAAUUGAACAAACUAUUCCAGAAGAAUAUCAAGAUUUAAUAUGUCAUGAUAAUUCAAUUGAAAUUGUUAGAGAAGAUUCUUCAUGGUCAAAUCCAUUACUUUAUCAAAUAGAAAAAGAUAUUAAUGUCAAAUUUAGCAGUUUUUGUUGA